AUGGCCGCUGCUAGAUCGUGCUUUCGAAAUCUAUGGAGAGCAAGUAAAGAAGUAUUUGAAGGGGACGCUGUAAUUCUUGAGGAUGCUAGAACUCGCAUUCGAUCGGGAUUUCGUGAAAGUGCUGGGCUGGCGGGGGACCAAGCGAAAGAGAAAAUCGAGUUGGGAAACGGGGUUGCUUCUAUAUUGCGAAAUAAUGUCGUGCAGGCUGUGAAAAAAGAUGACGGUGUCUAUUCACUGAAGAUUCGUGAUUCUACUGAAAUGAAUGAAAACAAGCAUAGAACUAAAACGCUCAAGUACUGA